GCCGACUACUGGGGCCUGGGCGAGAGCGCGCUGGCCACGUGCUGCCGUGCGCCCUACCUGGAGCGGCGCGUGACGCGUCCGCGCGCCUGGGACGAGGACAGCGACACCCCGAGCAGCGUGGACCCGAGCCCAGACGACAUCUCCGACGUGCAGCGCGAGCUGGCGAGCUACAACGCGGCCUACAACGCGGCGCCCUGUGGCCGUCUGCGCCGCCGCCUUUGGCUCACUAUGGAGAACCCCGGCUACUCGCUGCCCAGCAAGCUCUUCAGCUGCGUCUCCAUAGGCGUGGUGCUCGCCUCCAUCGCUGCCAUGUGCAUCCACAGCCUGCCCGAGUACCAGGCCCGAGAGGCGGCGGCCGCCGUGGCUGCGGUGGCCGCAGGCCGCAGCGCCGAAGAUGUGCGCGAUGACCCGGUGCUGCGACGCCUGGAGUACUUCUGCAUCGCCUGGUUCAGCUUCGAGGUGUCGUCGCGCCUUCUGCUGGCGCCCAGCACACGCAAUUUCUUCUGCCACCCUCUCAACCUCAUCGACAUCGUGUCUGUGCUGCCCUUCUAUCUCACGCUGCUGGCCGGCAUGGCGUUGGGUGACAGAGGCGGCGGGGGCGGCGAGGAGAUCGGCGACCUGAGCAAGGUGGUGCAGGUGUUCCGCCUUAUGCGCAUUUUCCGCGUGCUCAAGUUGGCCCGCCACUCCACAGGGCUGCGCUCGCUGGGCGCCACACUCAAGCACAGCUACCGUGAGGUGGGCAUCUUACUGCUGUACCUGGCCGUAGGUGUGUCAGUGUUCUCCGGUGUGGCCUACACAGCUGAGAAAGAGGAGGACGUGGGCUUUGACACCAUCCCGGCCUGCUGGUGGUGGGGCACAGUGAGCAUGACUACCGUGGGCUACGGGGAUGUGGUGCCCGUGACUGUGACUGGCAAGCUGGCAGCCUCAGGCUGCAUUCUAGGGGGCAUCCUGGUGGUAGCGCUCCCCAUCACCAUCAUCUUCAACAAGUUCUCCCACUUCUACCGGCGCCAGAAGGCUCUGGAGGCAGCCGUGCGCAACAGUGACCACCGGGAGUUUGAGGACUUGCUGAGCAGCGUUGAUGGGGUGUCGGAGGUGUCUCUGGAGACAUCCCGAGAGACCUCUCAGGAGGGACGGCUUGCAGACCUGGAGACCCAGGCCCCCAAGGAGUCUCCAAACUCUCAUAUUUAUUAA